AUGGACCAUGAGUAUCGGCAUUUUAUUAACGUAUGGCUGAAAGCUAAAGGCUCGGGUAAAUCUGAGGAUAAUCAGGCGCUGAAGCGUUACGAUUUUGAUCUCGAAGGCGUUAACGCCGAUUUUCAUGCUGUUCGAAACGAAAACUUGUAUUUUCAUCGAGGGGCAUCUGGAGACAGUGGUCCUCUAGUAAUGUGCGCCGCCUGGUACGCAGUACAUGCUUUCGGUCGGCACAUGCUUUAUCCAGGAUCAGUUUCGCUUUUGAACUGGCUUCUGAGUGGAAGUUUAUUACAAGCAAGGAAUUUAAUGGUAUCAGCGAAGCAUGGCAAAAGAGCAUGGCUCAGAUCGACUGAAGGCGACCUGAUUGAUACGAUGUAUAUACGUGGAGAAGAGACUCCCGAGCAUAGAAAUCGCAUACUAGUUAUUUCUUGUGAAGGAAACGCAGGUUAUUAUGAAAUAGGGAUUGCCAAUACCCCGGCCCAAAUGGGUUAUUCUGUUCUCGGGUGGAAUCAACCUGGUUUCGGGCAAAGUUCAGGUCUUCCUUUCCCGAACAAUACAUUGGCUGCCGCCGAUGCUGUUAUGCAGUAUGCACAGAGUGAGCUAGGCUAUCGCGAGCAAGACAUUGUUUUGUUCGGCUGGUCGAUUGGAGGAUUCCCAGCCAGCUGGCUGGCUGCUAAUUAUCCAAAGGUGAGAGCAGUUAUACUUGAUGCGACAUUCGAUGACGUGCUGCCUCUGGCUCAAGCCAGGAUGCCAAAGGUGCUUUCUGAUAUUGUCGAAUACGCCAUAAGAACCCAUUUUGAUCUCAAUAUCAAGUCCAUUAUUGCGAAGUACAAAGGACCUUUGAAACUUAUCCGUCGGCUACAAGAAGAAAUUUUGACCACUGAUGAUACGGGAACCGAGGCCCAGCGUCGAGCUAGCAAUAGGGCCAAUUUCCUGCUCAAAGGUGUUCUCCAACAAAGGCAUCCUAAACUGAUGGUGGACCUUGACUCACAGGUUGAUCGUUGGCUUGCGAUGAGCCCACAACAUCGGGCAUUAGCUGCGCAUCCGAAGAACGAUGCUGAGAUAGCGAUACGUCGCGCGCGGCUGUUUGCCGCCUGCGAUCACUACCUCACCGAUUUCGAUGCCACACAUGUACAGCCGCUUGAUCCAGGG